AAAAUAGGUCACGAAGUCAUCUAGCGGCCGCAUGAUGUACUGAAAAAUAUAAAACAAAUCCGUCUGCUAGUUUGAAAUUGUUUAUCACCGGCUUUGUUAAGAAAUUCCAAUUUUACUUCGCAAACCUACGUUUAUUUGUUUUCUUCCCAACAUGUCUGAUGCGUGGGAAGAAAUUCAAGCAGUAAAAUCAAAAAGAAAUGAACUCAGAGAACGCUUACAAAAAAGACGAAAAGAAAGAGAAGAUCUUUUGGGCGGUGGCGAUUCCUCUUCCGUAAUUAAAACAGAGAGCAAUAUCAAAAUUUCAGAUGAAGCUAUUGAGGUCGAUUCAACCUCCACAAACAAAGAAGCCAAUAAGGAAAUAGAAAAUUGUGUUCUCAGGAUUUUAACUGACGCUACACUGUCAUUACCAUCAGAUUCUAGAAUCAUUUGCCAUAGUGUAUCCACUCAGAUAGGCUAUGCAGUUUCUCAUACAGUUGUUGGUAAUCUUCUUCAAAAGUUUGCUGCCCAAGAACUCAUUAGAUUAGUAGAUGGUGUACAGGAGAACCAGCCAGUACUAACCAUCACUUAUGCAGAACAUGUACGCCUGGUAGCCAUGGUCAACGAAGACCAGCAAGGAAAUACCUUGUCCUUGAAAAGAAAGCAAAAUGAAGUUGAAGUUGAAGAGUCUGCAUCCCCAUCACAAAGUCUAACAGCCAAAGAAGAUUUGUCAAAAUCUAAAAGGGAGAAGAAAGAUUCAAAGAAUAACGAUGUCAUGAACUUGCUAUCACUUCCGUCAACAAGAGAAAAAGAAAACAAAAAAAUGGGCGAAGAAAUCUUGGAUCUUUUAUCAAAACCAACCGUAAAGGAAAAAUCUUUAGCAGAAAGAUUCCGCUCUCAAGGAGGAGCACAAGUCAAAGAGUUUUGCGCCCAUGGCACCAAAGAUGAAUGCCGUAGAGUGUGGCUGUCGGAAUCAGAGGAUGGCCCUGAAUGUAAAUGGAAUUGUCAUCGGCUUCACUUUCGUAAAAUCAUACAACCACAUACGGAUGAAUCACUAGGAGAUUGCUCUUUCUUAAAUACCUGCUUUCACAUGGAAACCUGCAAAUAUGUUCAUUACGAGGUGGACCAAACGAUCAAAACUAAAGACGAGUUUGAACCUUCCCUGCUUGGCCAAUCAGUGGUAACGCGAGGUGAAAGCACUGUGCUUUAUCCACCUCAGUGGAUCCAGUGUGAUUUACGUUCAUUAGAUAUGGCAAUUUUAGGCAAAUUUUCGGUUAUAAUGGCUGAUCCUCCGUGGGAUAUUCACAUGGAACUACCUUACGGGACACUUUCUGAUGACGAAAUGAGGCAGCUGAGUAUCCCCAUUCUUCAAGAUGAGGGACUGAUAUUUCUGUGGGUAACUGGGCGGGCUAUGGAAUUGGGCAGAGAGUGCCUUCAGCUAUGGGGCUACGAAAGGGUCGAUGAAAUCAUCUGGGUCAAGACCAACCAGCUACAAAGAAUUAUUCGAACUGGACGAACAGGUCACUGGCUCAACCACGGGAAAGAACAUUGUCUGGUGGGUAUGAAGGGUAAUCCCAGAAUGCUCAACCGCGGACUGGAUUGUGAUGUUAUAGUGGCCGAAGUCCGAGCAACAAGCCACAAACCAGACGAAAUGUAUGGCAUAAUCGAACGUCUUUCGCCUGGAACGCGCAAGAUCGAACUAUUCGGAAGGCCUCACAACGUUCAGCCCAAUUGGAUUACCCUGGGAAACCAACUCGAUGGCGUCCAUCUGCUAGAUCCUGACAUUGCCCUUGCCUAUCAGAAACAUUAUCCAGACGCCACUGCUACGAAUGCCAAAUAAAAUUGGCACACCGUUUUGGAGAUUAUUUUUUAAGUGUUACCAUGUUUCCAUUGAUUCGCUCAUUAAUAAAAGUUAAGAAGUCGAUUACGUACACGAAAAUCAAAGGUUUUUCUACACGUCA